AUAACGUUGUUUACAUAUUUCAAGAUGGCUGCCUUCACGAGAACAUGCGGAUUGGAAUUGAAAUUACUAUCAAGAACUAAAAUAUCGUAUGUCAGCAUCAUCAACAAACAAUAUAGGGAAUAUGCAAGAGGUUAUAGAAGGACUCCAGUCCGUGUGCUAACUGCUGAUGAGGAAAAACAGAAAUUUAUUGACAAUAAAGUGGCAUUUCGAGAUAGAAUUCAGGAUGUUGAUAGACGGGAUCCAGUACUGAAUAAUCUUACCCAAUCGAACGACUUAGAUCAAUUGAAGUCCCUUCCAAGAAUACAUAAGGCAGCGGUUGAUAAUGCCAUGUCAUACGACUUGAAGGGAAAUUCAAGACCAGGGAGAUAUACAAAGAAUGCAGACUGGAAACAUAAUCCCAUGCGCAAUAUUAAAGAUAAUGUCAAGUCUGGAGGUGACACGAAGAAAACACAGAAGAAGCAGAUUACACAAAGCCAGCAACCUUAUGGGAAAGGCUCACUGAAUGAGAGACGUCCAGUCGAAGAAAUCAUACGGAACUUUUCUGGUGUGAAAUAUACAGUUCUUGGGUCAAAAGACAAAAAAGUUGGUGUCCUGAUGAGGGCAGCUAGGUCAAAGAAGCAUAGAGAAAUUGACAGAACUAUUCUACUCGAAGGGAGCAGAUUGAUCAAGGAUGCUUUGCAAGCUGGCGGAACACCAAAAUCUAUAUAUUUUAAAGAAUUUGAUGCAUUGCAGAGAUUACCAAAAGAAUAUAUUCAGGAAGUUCCGAUAUACAAAUGUGACGAAAAGCAUAUGAACAAUUGGUCAGACAUUGCCUCAGUUCCUGAUGUCAUGGCAUUGUUUCACAUGCCUGAAGAUGGACAGGUGUUUGUACAACCUCGGACUACCAUUCCACUUACCAUUAUCCUGGACCAGAUACGGGAUCCUGGAAACAUGGGUACACUCAUUCGAUCAGCAGCAGCUGUAGGCUGUGAGAGAAUCAUUGCUAUGCAAGAAUGUGUUGAUUUAUGGGAACCCAAGGUGUUGAGGUCAGGGACAGGCUGUCAUUUCCGAGUGCCAUUUUAUCGAAACAUCACCUGGAACAAUGUGGAAAACUACAUACCUGUAGGAUCACGCAUUUAUCUGGCAGACAAGCGACGACCUACGGAUAAAAGAGUGGGAAAAUAUACAGACCCCGAGGACGAUGACAAUGUUAUUGAUACACUUGGAAAUGAUCAAAAUGACUAUGAAGAUGACCUAGAAACAAAUUUGAUUUCAAACACAAGUUUUAAUGACCUAGAACAAGUGAAACAAUAUAAACAUGCACCUUUACCUGUGAGUAGUUUCUCUGAUAUGAACUACUGCAAGAAUGACCACACUGUGCUAGUGAUUGGUGGGGAGAGUUAUGGUGUCAGUCUGCAAGCCCAUAAAUUAGCCUACGAUAUGUAUGGCCAGUGUAUCAUGAUACCAAUGACUAAUGGAGUAGAAAGUGUAAAUGCAGCAGUGGCUGGAAGUGUGAUAAUGUUUGAGAUCUUCAAUCAACUACAUAAACCCUCCCCUGUGGAGAAUAUGUCAGAACCAACAGGUGUGUCAGUGAGUGAAGAUGGUACAGAGUAUGAGGCUGAACCAACAGGUGUGUCAGUGAGUGUGGACAAUACAGUGUAGGGGACUUAAACAACAGGUGUGUCAGUGAGUGGAGACAAUACAGUGUAGGGGACUUAACCAACAGUUGUGUCAGUGAGUGGAGACAAUACAGUGUAGGGGACU